AUUGUAAGACGAAAGAAAGAGGAACAUGUAAAAAUUUGAAAUUUUGUUGGAUUCGUCGGUAUCUACUUUACCAACCCAUGCGUCAUUUUAUUGCGCGAGUGUGCGAGACAAACGAAUUAAGCGUCACUCGGUCACUCGCGGCGAAUCGACGAUGCCAGUUUGUGCACGAUAGAGAUUGUAAACAAGAGCGACUGAAGGAGAAACAUAAUCAUUUUUGUAGUGUAAUAUAUCAUAAAUAGGUAGGUACACGAUUCACCCUUGGAAAUAUGCGGAUAAAUUUACUUGUCAUCAUCCUCGACGUAAUUCCAUGUAGAGGAAAACGGUUUUUCGCGAAUCUAACCUUGAAGUAAAAUGACGAGCUCGGAAGCAGCAACAGCUGAAGCGCCAGCCAGCACGGAGAAGGCGGCGACGAACCCCUUGGAGCAAUUUGUUUUGCUGGCCAAGACUGCCAAAGGUGCAGCUGCACUAGAGUUAAUAAAGCAGGCGGUCGAGACGCCUGGAGUUCACGUUUUCGGCGAACUCUUAGAUAUGCCUAAUAUUAAGGAGUUAGAGAACAGCCCACACGCCGAGUACUGGAACACACUGAACCUCUUCGCUUAUGGAACAUACAAGGAGUAUCUGGCGAACAAGAGCCAACUGCUCGAUUUGACACCUGUGCAGAAGAAGAAGCUUCAGCACUUAACCAUUGUCACAUUAGCUACCAAGUCUAGGUGUAUACCUUACUCGAUUCUCUUGGAAGAAUUGGACAUAAAGAAUGUGAGAGAUUUGGAGGAUCUGAUUAUCGAGGCAAUUUAUGCCGACAUCAUACAUGGUAAAUUGGAUCAGAAGAACUCUCAAUUAGAAGUGGACUAUACUGGCUUGGGACGAGAUGUCAGGCCAGGAGAUGCAGGUGCUGUGGCUGAAACUCUUGCAGAAUGGGGACAGGCCUGCAGCGAUAUCUUGAACUGUAUAGAACAGCAAGUGAAUAAAGCCAACAGUGAGAAGACUCGAGCGAUUCAACACAAGGAUAAAAUCCAAAAAGAUAUCGCAUUUGUUAAGAAAACAAUAGCUUCUCAACCUGGAAGUUCCCUUCAAGAUGCCGACAUGGCACCUGGAGGCUCUGGUUCUGGAACUAGUGAUGCCUCUAGAGAAGCUUUAUGUAAUCCACUAUCACUUUUUGACAUGAAAAAGAAAAUGCAUAAAGGAAAGAGCAUGCGAGGUGGUAAGUUCUGGAAGACCUAAGCUUCCUGGUUCAGUUCUGCAACUUCUUUACAGCAUUCAAUUCUUAUUCUGCCAUCACAAAAACAUCUAUCAUGAUCAGUUAACAAAGUAUUCUACAACCUUAUAAUUCAAAAUAGAUAAUCAAGCAAAAAAGAAGUUUUGUGAUAAAUUAAAACAAGAAAAUGCAAGAAAAAAAUGAUAUAUAAUGUCUUUUACCGUUAAUUUUAUUAAAUUAUUUAAUGCUGCUUUCAUACAUAAAACUACUAUCGCAUUACUAAUUUUGAAAUAAAAGUUUUUAAAAAUUAUUUUUUGAUUGUUACUAAAUAUUAUUCACACUUAGGAGACUUUCUAAUUUUCUUGUAAGAUAUUCUUUAAAUCCUAUCCUUAGAAUAAUUUUUUUCUUCAUGCUUUUUUCCUAUGUUUUGAUCUCUUUCAACAACAUUUUAUAUAAGAUUCGAUCAUGAAGUUUUGAACAUCCUUCUUUAUUUUCUGUAUUUAUCAAACAUUUUAUAAAAUCAUAAAUCAAUUAAUUUUCAAUAAUCAGUUAAGAUUUUAGAAAUAUAGAUUUCUUUCGAGAACCUACUAUAAAUAAGCUUAUAUUUCUUUUAUUCCAGAAAGACUUCUACGAAAAACAGCUCGAUUUCCCUUGAAUGAGUGACAAUAUUAAAGUAUAAUAAUUUAUGUUAAUUUGUUGAGAAUGAGAAAAGCAUUUUUAUAAUCUUUUUUGAUAACUACUUGCCAGAGACUGUAAAAAACUGUUUCAUGUAUUUAUGUAUAAAUACUAAUAUAUGUUUAUUCUAAAAUCAUCUAAAUAAGUUAAGCAAAAUAGUAGUAAAAAUACAAACAAUCAACAAAGUUACAGCUGUCAUAGAAAUUGUAAAAGUCAGUUCUCCAAGGCGAUUACUUGGUAGAUUAUAAAUAUAUAUGGCCUUAUAGCUUUGUAUCUAAAAACACUAAGUUAUGAAUAAAAUAAUGGAUAUUUUUUAAA